UCACCUCUCCUGCUUGGACAUUCACUGUCGUUGUUCCCAAGAUCCUCAUCAACUUCCUGCGCCAAGAAAACACAAUUUCAUAUGAGGAAUGCCUGGUGCAAGCCUUCUUCCUGAUGGUCUUUGUGGGCUGCGAGCCGGCACUAAUGGCUGUCAUGGCCUAUGACCGCUAUGCCGCCAUCUGCAGGCCCCUGCACUACUCUCUCCUCAUGAGCAAGAGGGUGUGUAUCCAGCUAGCCUCUGCCACUUGGGUCUGUGGCUUCCUGGUCUCAGCAGUUCACAGUGCCUUGGCUUCACAGUUGUCCUUCUGUGAAGUCAACCAGAUCCCACACAUCUUCUGCGAUGUCCCGCCACUGUUACAAAUCGCCUGCAGUGAUACUCGUGCCAACGAACUGGCCACUCAUAUCAUGAGCCUCUUUGUGGGCCUGUUCCCCUUCCUGUUCAUCAUCCUCUCCUACAUCUGCAUUUUGGCCUCUGUUCUGCAGAUUCGCGCCAAAGGUGGUAGCCGCAAGGCCUUCUCCACGUGUGCUUCACACCUCAUCGUUGUCAUUCUCUGUCUUGGAAAUGCAUUCCUGAACUACAACAAGCCAAGCGCUGGCUAUUCUCUGGAAAUAGACACUCUGGUCUCUGCCAUGUUCGUCAUUGUCGCCCCCCUGUUGAAUCCCCUUAUCUACAGCCUCCGCAACAAGGAGGUGAAGGGGGCCUUCAGGAAGGUUCUGAACAAGAGGACAGAUUAA